AUGGCCGUUCCACCUCCCUUCGUCGGGUAUCGCCAGGUGGACUCCUCCGGUCCUGACGAAGGGUAUCUAUCAGAAGACGUUUUCUAUGUCACGGUCGACCUCGGUGCCGUUGAACCAACCCUGCUUCCCAGUAGCUCAACCUUCAGGCUUGUAGGCUGGCAUGAUACAGUCCUUGGCUCGGAGCUUUUGUUCACGGAGACGAAAAAUAUGUUGGCGUUACCGAGCGACGUAUCCAAUUCAAAGAGGUACAGCUACGAGGGAAGUCGCGUGAAUGAUUGGGCGAGGAUGGAAUCGCUCCUGCUGGCAACAAUUCUGACAAUGACUGCGCCAGUGGAAGAUACACACUUUAUUACUGAGCCUCAGACUAGAGCACAGCAAGAAGCGACGUGA